CACUUGUUCUGGUCUCCCUCCUCUCGAGUCCCAACUCCCAACCACUUCUUUCUCUUCUGCUCGUACGCUUCUCUCCCUUUGUCUCACCCACAAGUUUCUCAUUGAAGCAUUCAAUAAAGCAAAGCUACUUUUCUCUCUUUUUUUUAUUCUUCAAACUGAUCUUCUCUCUAAUCAUCUACAGAGUUAAUUAUCUCCAACCUCUACGGUUUUCGCUCUACAGUGUUAAUUAACGCGUCCAGGGUUCGGUUUGUUGGAUCUACUGGAGGGGGUUGAUCGUUUCGGUUUGUUUCAGGCCUUGAUCCUUCUGCUCCAUGUUGGACAUUCGAGUUCUGUAGGGGAUUGUUUGUAGGUCCAGUAACGGAUCUCUGUUUUCUUUGUUGGGUUGUCUUUAAAUUCAGGGUUUUCGUUAGAUUUUCUGUGGAGGAUUUUUAGGGUUGUUCGGGGUUGUUGAGGCGUUUUCCGAGUUUUGCGGUUUCUGGUUUGGGCAAUUCAAUCUCAGUUGGGUGUGGUCGGUGCAGGAACGACUUAAAGGUCACUGGUCACUGGUCCCCCAUAUAUUUUUUUUUUAUUCGCCAUUGUUCCAUUUUAAAGGUCUCUGAAUCUGGGCGUUUGAAAGUUAACUGGAAUUGCUCUUGUCGACUCUGGUAAUCGGCAGUUUUGUUGUAGUUAUUAGCAUCGCCUUCGUGUCUUUCGGUUUUACGAGGAAUCAUAGACAGAUUUUGAAAGUUUUAGUUCCUUUGUUUGGUUGGGUUUGGACUCAUAGGUUUUUUAGAGGUUUCUUUUGUGGAUUUUGGGAACUGGGGUGAGGUUAAGAUUCUGUCACGAUGACGAUCGAGGCCUCUCCAGGAAGCUCUGGUUACUUGGAUUCAGUCCAAGAGGGCAAGGUUUCGUAUUUCAGCAACCGUUAUUUACUCGGAUUGACUCUCACUGCUGGUAUUGGGGGAUUGUUGUUUGGAUAUGAUACAGUGCUGUUUGCAGGUGUUAUUUCAGGGGCACUUCUAUAUAUUCGAGAUGAUUUUGUGGUGGUUAAUCAUAAUAAGUUUUUACAGGAAACAAUUGUUAGCAUGGCAUUAGUUGGAGCAAUUAUUGGAGCUGCUGCAGGAGGGUGGAUGAAUGAUGAGUAUGGACGUAAAAAAGCCACUAUGUUUGCUGAUGUGAUUUUUGCAAUUGGGUCAGUUGUCAUGGCCGCAGCUCCAGAUCCAUAUGUUCUUAUAGCUGGGCGACUUCUGGUUGGCUUGGGAAUUGGUGUAGCAUCUGUCACUGCUCCUGUUUAUAUUGCAGAGUCGGCUCCGACUGAAAUAAGGGGAGGACUAGUGGGCACGAAUGUGCUUAUGAUUACUGGUGGACAGUUCCUUUCGUACCUUGUGAAUCUUGCUUUCACUGAGGUCCCUGGAACAUGGCGCUGGAUGCUUGGAGUUGCCGGUCUACCAGCUGUUAUUCAGUUCUUUCUUAUGCUGUGUUUGCCCGAGUCCCCUCGCUGGCUUUACCUGAAGAAUGAAAGAUCCAAAGCUAUUAAUGUGCUUUCCAAAAUCUAUGAUCCCAACCGUUUAGAGGAGGAGGUAGGCCUGCUCACUAUGGCAUCAGAGCAAGACAUUUUCCAGUCAAAAAGUUCUGGCAGAUACCGGGAUGUUUUCAAAACCAAGGAGAUCAGAAUUGCGUUUCUUGCUGGGGCUGGACUCCAGGCAUUUCAGCAGUUCACUGGGAUCAACACGGUCAUGUACUACAGCCCUACGAUAGUCCAGAUGGCUGGAUUUAAGUCUAACCAGUUGGCCUUGCUCCUAUCUCUCAUUGUUGCUGGCAUGAAUGCUCUUGGAACGAUUGUUGGCAUUUACCUGAUUGACCGUUGUGGGAGGCGCCUGUUGGCUCUCUCGAGUUUAACAGGUGUGAUUGUAUCCCUUGGCAUCCUCUCUGGAGCUUUCUUCUUGCAGUCCUCUGGUUUAGCGUUGGGGCUUUGUGAGAGUCUGUAUGGCAGCUGUGAAACUGGGUAUGGGUGGUUAGCGAUCCUUGGCUUGGCACUCUACAUUGCUUCCUUCUCACCAGGCAUGGGGCCCGUUCCAUGGACUGUGAACUCAGAGAUCUAUCCAGAAGCCUAUCGAGGGAUAUGUGGUGGCAUGUCGGCUACUGUAAAUUGGGUCUCAAACCUGAUUGUGGCCCAGACAUUCCUUUCACUGGCUGGGGCUGUGGGAACUGCUGGAACAUUUCUGAUUCUUGGUGGGAUUGCUGUGGCUGCCUUCUUGUUUGUGCUCAUUUUUGUGCCAGAAACUAAGGGGUUGAGCUUUGAGCAGGUGGAGAGAAUGUUCAAGGAGAAGGCAAGGGGAAGUGGGUAUGGGAGUGAAGGCCUCCUUGAGAGGAACGAAGUAUGAAGGUACAAAUAUACAUUUCAUUUUCCUUCUGUGCUUAGUGGUAUAUCUUGUAGACUGUUCUGUGAAUGAAGAAUAGAGUGAAAUAUAAGGGGCAUGGGGAAGCUGGCUUUGUUUCUUCUUGCCGGGCAAGCCCAAAGCCUUGUAUUGGAGUCCUAUAUUGUAGUUAAAUUUUGGCUUCUGCCAAAGAAUCUGGAACUGAAUUUAGUUAUAUUGAAUCAUUUUUGGCUCCACAAA